CCCUUCGCCAGAAAACGGUACAAGUAGAAACAAACACCCACCUUGACUCUCUUUCCUUUCCACUCAUCUCAUCUUCUUUGUUUUAUUUUAUUUCCUUCCCCCAAUGUUCCUACCUCAUAUCAUAUCCUCUAUUUAUUUGGUGCUCAUUAAGAUGGGGUUGAUGACAGUGACUACGGUGAUGGUGGUGGUGGUGGAAACAUGGUUGGUGGUGAAGAAUAAAUACCGGGCAAUAAGGACAGACAGGACAUGAAAGUGCUGAGAGAGAGAAAGAACAGGUAACUGAAGCUCUCACACACACAAACAUUGUUAAAGUCAAUUAAUGGGAAUGCUCACACUUGGUCAAGGUCGUGACUUUUUGUUUCUCAUAGCACCGACAUUUCACAUAACCUCAAACAUGGUGGCUGAGGAACCAAUUUGGUUCCGAGAACUAUGAUGUCUGAGGGGUGAUGAUCACAUUGUUUCGAGCAUGAGACUGCACUGCAAAAUCCAUCUCUCUCAUGCUCUAUUCUGCGCCAUUCUCUGUUUCAUUUCCUCUGUGUUCAUGGUCUCACCAGCAACAGAGAAGGAGAUUUUGCUCCAAUUCAAGGGAAAUGUCACAGAAGAUCCACACAACAGUUUGACUUCGUGGGUUUCUAGUGGAGACCCUUGCCAGAAUUUCAAUGGUGUUACCUGUGACUCUGAAGGGUUUGUGGAGAGAAUUGUUCUUUGGAACACUAGCUUAGGUGGGGUGUUGUCCCCUGCUCUAUCAGGGUUGAAGAGGUUGAGGAUUUUGACAUUGUUCGGGAAUCGGUUUUCGGGUAGUAUUCCAGGAGAAUUUGCUGAUCUUCAGUCAUUGUGGAAGAUCAAUUUCAGCUCCAAUGCGUUAUCUGGUUCGAUCCCUGAGUUCAUAGGUGAUUUGCCUAACAUUCGGUUUCUAGAUUUGUCAAAAAAUGGCUUUGUUGGGGUGAUACCUUUGGCUUUGUUUAAGUACUGCUACAAAACCAGGUUUGUUUCUCUUUCUCAUAACAAUCUUGCUGGUCCAAUUCCUGUGUCCUUGGUGAAUUGCUCCAACCUUGAAGGGUUUGAUUUUUCAUUCAACAAUCUCAGUGGGGUUGUCCCUUCAGGAAUUUGUGGCAUUCCAAGGUUAUCAUAUGUGUCUCUGAGAAGCAAUGGCUUAUCAGGGAGUGUGCAAGAGCAGAUUUCAGCAUGCAAAAGUCUCAUGCUGUUGGAUUUUGGUAGUAAUAGAUUCUCUGAUUUGGCCCCAUUUGGCAUCCUUGGAAUGCAAAAUCUUACCUACUUCAAUGUAUCUUACAAUGGGUUUAGAGGACAGAUUCCUGAGAUCACUUCAUGUAGUGAGAGAUUGGAAAUCUUUGAUGCUUCAGGGAAUGAUUUGGAUGGGGAGAUUCCCUCCAGCAUAACUAGAUGCAAGAACUUGAAGCUCUUGGACUUGGAGUUGAAUAGGCUGAAAGGGACUAUCCCAGUUAAUAUUCAGGAAUUGAGAGGGCUGUUGGUUAUCAAAUUGGGGAAUAAUUCUAUCAGUGGAAUGAUUCCCAAGGGUUUUGGCAACAUUGAGCUGCUUGAAUUGCUGGCUUUGCAGAAUCUAAACCUCAAUGGAGAAAUUCCAGUUGAUAUAAGCAAUUGCAAGUUUCUUCUUGAGCUGAAUGUUUCUGGUAAUAACUUGGAGGGUGAGAUUCCUCAGACCCUUUACAAAAUGACAAAUAUGAAAGCUCUUGACCUACAUCAUAACCAGCUAUAUGGAAGCAUUCCACCAAGCCUAGGAAACCUAUCAAGGAUCCAAUACCUAGAUCUGUCACAUAAUUCACUGUCUGAUUCAAUUCCUCUUUCCCUUGGAAAAUUAGAAAAAUUGACACAUUUUGAUCUCUCAUUCAACAAUCUCUCUGGUGUCAUUCCUGAUGUUGCUAACAUACAGCGUUUUGAUGCAUCUGCAUUUUCCAAUAAUCCUUUUCUCUGUGGUCCUCCUUUGGACACCCCUUGCUCAGCAAACGGAACUGUACCACCGUCAGCUCCUGGCAAGAAGACUAAAGUUCUCAGUGUCUCUGCUAUUGUUGCAAUUGUUGCUGCAGCUGUAAUUCUUACUGGGGUUUGCUUGGUGACCAUCAUGAAUAUUAAGGCUCGACACAGGAAAAAAGAUGAUGACCAGAUUAUGAUUGCUGAGAGCACACCUCUUGGGUCAACAGAAUCAAAUGUUAUAAUUGGAAAGCUGGUUCUCUUCAGCAAAAGCUUACCAUCAAAAUAUGAAGAUUGGGAGGCGGGUACCAAAGCAUUGCUUGACAAGGAGUCUCUGAUAGGUGGGGGAUCAAUUGGUACAGUCUACAAAACUGAUUUUGAAGGUGGCGUCUCAAUUGCAGUGAAGAAGCUCGAGAGUUUGGGAAGGAUUAGAAAUCAGGAGGAAUUCGAACAUGAAAUCGGGCGGCUAGGAAAUCUUCAACACCCUAAUUUGGUUGCUUUCCAAGGUUACUACUGGUCCUCUUCAAUGCAAUUGAUUCUAUCAGAGUUUGUCCCAAAUGGGAACCUCUAUGAUAAUCUGCAUGGGUUUGGCUAUCCUGGAACAAGCACUAGCAGAGGUAAUAGGAAAUUACAUUGGUCUCAUAGAUUCCAAAUUGCACUUGGAACUGCUAGAGCCCUUGCCUAUCUCCAUCAUGAUUGUCGACCUCCGAUUCUUCAUCUCAACAUUAAAUCCUCUAACAUACUUUUGGAUGACAAGUAUGAACCUAAGUUGUCUGAUUAUGGAUUGGGAAAGUUGCUUCCCAUUUUGGAUAAUUAUGGUCUGACCAAGUUUCACAAUGUUGUUGGAUAUGUUGCACCUGAGUUGGCUCAGAGCAUGAGGCAGAGUGAGAAGUGUGAUGUUUACAGUUUCGGGGUCAUUCUUUUGGAGCUGGUUACAGGGAGAAAGCCAGUUGAAAGUCCAACCUCAAAUGAGGUGGUGGUUUUGUGUGAAUAUGUAAGAGGUUUGUUGGAGACUGGCUCAGCUUCAAAUUGCUUUGACAGAAAUUUAGUAGGCUUUGCUGAGAAUGAAUUGAUUCAGGUUAUGAAAUUGGGGCUAAUUUGUACUUCGGAGGAUCCUUUAAGGAGACCAAGCAUGGCUGAGGUUGUCCAGGUCCUUGAGUCCAUUAGAAAUGGAUUGGAAUCCCAUUAACCAGUAAGUACUUUUCCAUGCUUCUCAAAAUUUAAGUAAUUGAUUAAUUUGAUAAGUUCUUCUAGCAAAGUAGGGGUAUCAGAUAGAGCAUACAUGGAAGGAAAUUUGGAAUGAAAAGGAUAAGAGGGGGGAGGUGAAAGGCUGUUACUUAGGUAUUCAGAACUGAAGAAAGAAAAAAAAGGACAAAAAUUCUUUUGAAUUCAUUUUUAUAUUACCCAUUUUUUUUCUGUAAAGUCUGUAAUAUUUUCAAUAAAAGGCAUUUGUUUAUUCCAUUG